AUGCCACGCAAAGAUUUGAACGAUAUGUCCAUCCGAAUCAAAAAGGUGGCCAACGAAUUCGGUAACAGUCCACUGGGUAAAUCGCCACUUGCCAAACAGCCUUUGGUGGCUACACCGUCGACAAUCCUUGCUAUGGUGAUGGAUGCAAUGAUCAAGUCCAAGCCGAUAUCCCAUGAUAUCUCGCAAAAGACCAUGAAUCAUCUCAUCGAAGCUGGUUAUCAUGAUAUUGACAAGCUUCACAAGAGUACAUGGGAGGAACGAACAGAGGUUCUCCGCGAGGGAGGAUAUAAUCGAUAUCGAGAACAAUCUGCAACGAAUCUCGGCAAUCUAGCUCAGUUCGUGAUGGAUAAAUACGAGCUCAUGGGCGGAGAGAAAAAGACGCGACCUUUGAUCAAAGAGAUCAAAGGAAUCGGUGAAUUGGCCGUGGAAUUGUUUUUUGACAAUGUCCAGAGUGUCUGGCCUUCUAUCGCCCCAUUUGUCGACUCCCGUAGCCUUCAAACGGCCGAAGAGGUGGGGAUUGGUGCCAACAUGCAGGCAGUAUACAGCGCACUGGAUCAAGACCCCAAGCAGAUGAGUUGGUUUGUCAACGGACUGUCAUCUGUGCGUCUGGAGAAGAAACAGUUUGCUAUAGAGAGCACGUAG